UUCCUUCCUUACCUCCAGCAGCAUCUGCUCUUCUCACAGCCCUGCUGCUUUCUCAGGACUCACCUGUUAUUCUGUAUUGGCUUCCUAUGAAUCAAGAAUGAGACAAUCAAGCCACCCCCAUUUCUGGCAGAUAGAUGCAAACUUAUUGCUUGCCCAGUUAAUCUUAUGAGAAUGUAACUGCUGAACCUGGAGCCUGGCACACGCAACAAUGGGAGCCAAUAACUCAUCCAAAACCCCUUUGUGUGAUGGCAAUGAUGAAGUGAAUUUUAAUCACUUUGAAAUUCUCCGCGCCAUUGGGAAAGGAAGCUUUGGAAAGGUGUGCAUUGUUCAGAAAAAUGAUACCAAGAAAAUGUAUGCCAUGAAGUACAUGAACAAGCAGAAAUGUGUGGAGCGCAAUGAAGUGAGAAAUGUGUUUAAAGAACUGCAGAUCAUGCAAGGCUUGGAGCAUCCGUUUCUGGUCAACCUCUGGUAUUCCUUUCAAGAUGAGGAGGACAUGUUCAUGGUUGUAGAUCUUCUCCUUGGUGGUGACCUUAGAUACCAUCUGCAGCAAAAUGUGCGCUUCACUGAGGCUUCUGUAAAGCUCUUCAUCUGUGAAUUGGCCUUGGCACUUGACUAUUUGCAGAGCAAAAAUAUAAUUCACCGAGAUAUCAAACCAGAUAACAUUCUUCUAGAUGAACAAGGACAUGUACAUAUCACAGACUUCAAUAUUGCUUCUCUGGUGAAUCAAGGUACUAAGAACACAACUGUUGCUGGGACAAAACCUUACAUGGCUCCAGAAAUGUUCUACCCAAGAGAACAAAUUUGUUAUUCUUUUGCUGUUGACUGGUGGUCUUUAGGAGUUACUGCAUAUGAGCUUCUAAGAGGCAGGAGACCUUUUCACAUACAUUCGAGCAGUGCAGCGACAGACAUUGUCCACGUGUUCCAUACGGCAACGGUUACAUAUCCACCAGCAUGGUCUAAGGAAAUGGUUUCAAUACUGCACAUGCUUUUGGAUAGGAAUCCAGGAGAGCGUUUUUCAUGUCUUGAAGAUAUUCAGAAGUUUCCUUGUUUGUCGGAUGUUAACUGGGAUGCAGUUCUAGAAAAAAAAGUUAUACCAGAGUUUACACCAACGAAGGGACGGCUUAAUUGUGACCCAACCUUUGAACUUGAAGAAAUGAUUCUAGAAUCCAAACCUUUACACAAGAAGAAAAAGAGACUAGCCAAGAGAUUGAAAGAUAAUGCGAAAAGCCCUUUUGCCCAGAAUGGGAACUUGCAGAUGCAUUUGGACAAUGUGGAGAGAGAUUUCAUGGUUUUCAAUAGAGAAAAAAGCCAACAGGACCUUAAUGUAAACCAAGAGAACAAAACUGUGGUACAAGCCAAAGAAGAUGAGGAUGGAAAGAAUAAUAACCUACAAACCAUUUGAUGUCCACAUGCACUCUUCUUGCAUUAUGUAGCACUUGAUAUUCUGGACUUAUUGGAGCAAAGGUUAUAAUUGACACGUCUCUGAUAUCUAGGAAUCCUAGAUAAUGUUUGCAUUUAUUUUUCACUGUGAGGUCCAUGGAGGCUGUUGGAGACAAUCUGCUUCAUGAAUAUCUUAAAGCCUAAAAUGUAUAAUAAGCUGAUUUUUCCUUUAAGUGAAUUAAUUUCCAGCCUAUUAUUUUGUUGUAGGGCUGAACGAUAAUGCAUUUUGCACAAACUUCACAAAGAAAAUAUAUUUUAGACCAACUUUUUUAGAGCAUUAAGCGUUUUUUCUAGGCUGUUAUUUUUUUUAUAAUUUCUUACAUAUAUGUAGCAUACGUUAAGGAACAUGUAAUGAAAGCACCACAGACUAGUAGAUGGGAUAUUGGUAUAAAUGUAUUUUGUUCAAAGGCUGAUGAUGAGUUAGUCUUGUCAAUGAUAUUCAGCUAUGCUGUUAGAAUUAAGUGAUUGCACAUUGUGUUAUAUAUGUAGUCUAUUAUCCAUAUUCAUCUUAGAGAGGAAA